UAGCGAACUCUGAUCAUCAUGCCUGAUCCACCAGCAAAGUCUGCGCCCAAGAAGGGUUCCAAGAAAGCCGUCACCAAGGCUGCCGGCAAGGGCAAAGGAAAGAGGAGAAAGGCCAGGAAGGAGAGCUAUGCCAUCUACGUGUACAAGGUGCUGAAGCAGGUCCACCCUGACACCGGCAUCUCGUCCAAGGCCAUGAGCAUCAUGAACUCCUUCGUCAACGACAUCUUCGAGCGCAUCGCUUCUGAGGCUUCUCGCCUGGCUCACUACAACAAGAGAUCCACUAUCUCUUCCAGGGAGAUCCAGACCGCCGUGCGUCUCCUGUUGCCCGGUGAACUGGCUAAGCAUGCUGUGUCCGAGGGCACCAAGGCUGUCACCAAGUACACCAGCUCCAAGUAAAUUGUUCCCGCAAUUUACACACACAAACGGCUCUUUUAAGAGCCACCCACUUUAUCUGAAGAUACGUGUUCCUGAUUUUAAUGCGGCUAUAGAUCUCCCAUUGAUGGUCACUCUCAGCCAUAAUCUUAAUGAUUUGUAAUGUUUGACUACAUUAUAAGAAUUAUGGUGACGUUGUGAAUCGAUGCUUUAAACUGUCAUUGAAGUAAUUGUAUUACCAAUGAAAUAUACUUACAAAGUAACCUGUUCACUAACAUCUGUGAAUGCGGUUUGUUUCACUGACUCAUUCCUGUAUGUCACUCACCGAAGGGAAUUGAAUCUUUCCACUCAAAUCGAAUGCUGGGGCUUGCACAAGUUUACUGCAUGCUGAUGGUAUACGUGUGUGUGUGUGUAUGUGUGUAUAUAUAUAUAUGUAUAUAUGUGUGUGAAUUUAAAUGUAUUAUAUAUAGAUAAUCUAUAGCAUCUAUGCAGCAACUGAAUUGAAUUAUAUAUAUAUUAUUGUGUUAUAUAUUGUGUGUGUAUAUAUAUAUAUAUAUAUACAUAUAUAUAUAUAUAUAUAUAUAUUGUAUAUGUAUAGGGGUGGGACCUAAUACAUUUACUUCUUCCCACUCCCUUUUGAGCCAAUCUUGACAUCUACAAAAGAUUAGUCACAUGUAAUGUUUUCAAUGUAGCUGUAAAUAUAAUGUAUAUAUAUAUUUAUUUUGUAUUUUAUGUCAUUUUUGUUUUGUUGCAUGGCUCAAAAAUAAACCAUUCAUUCAUUCAUGCUUGCACCUCCAACACACACACACACACACACACACACACACACCACUUAAUUCACUCAGCAAGAGCGCAUGCGUAGAACAUUGUUCGGUUGGGAUUGCACAAGUCUUGCGGUCAGUCAACCGUCACAAGCUGUGUGCGAAGGGACUCGCACAUAAUGUAACAAGUACUGGCGUGUACUGACACACCUUUAACUGCAACAGUUUUGAUUCUACAAUUAUGACAUACAUUUUUUUUGUGAUGAUCCACAGUCUCUAUUCAGUUAAUAUAUAUGCACAGCAACUGUUUAAGUCAUAGUUUUUCCUCAACACGCUUGUCUCCCCUGUUGGCUCUUCAUGCAACUAAUAAUAUUAACGCAAAAUUAGCAAACUGAAUGAGAUCUCGAUUUUGCCAUUGUGGGACAAAUAAGCCAUUGGGCAUCAAACAUGCCUGGGUUAUUUCUACUAAUUGCAAAUCAGUUCUCAUCAUUCAUUUAAAUGAGCCGUUCAAAAGACUUGACCCUUUCACAGACAUCCCAUUGUUGACUGUGUUGUUGUCUAUAGAUGGGAUUUGUGGCCCUUUUGGUCCUGUGAUCUUAUUUUCAAAUAAAACUGAUCAAAACAC